AUGGUUACUCGAGUACGCACAACCGAACAGAACCGAAUCAACCAACGCAAUCUCCGCGCUCGACGGAAAGCGUACGUCCAAGAAUUGGAACAGCGAGUCCGAAAACUGGAGAAUGACCGGAUUGGAGCCACAAAAGAGGUGCAAGUUGCAGCUCAGCGCGUGCACAAUGAAAAUCGACUUCUCAGAGCGCUGCUCGAAACAAAGUUUGGCGUCGGUGCACAUCAAAUCAGCAAGUACCUUGCCGAAGUCAACAGCAGUACAGAUAUUGGGACGCAAGUGUCCCGCGGCCCAGCAAAUAGCGUCGCCUUGUCGACACCGUCGGAGCGCAGAGGCGAAUCGGGCACGGGCGAUGCAACAUUCCGACAUCGCAGGAUCAACGAGUGA